CACGCAUGCCCUCUGGAAAGGAAAAGAAAAGAGAAGGAAUGAGUGUUUACUGAGAAAGGACUGUGUCCCAGACUCCAUGUUUUAUACAUAUCACCUCAUUUCACUCUCCCAACCCGUUCUGCAGGCAGUUUUUCCCAGCCCCUUGCUGAGGCCAAUUUUUCCAUGCUGUCUUCAAGUCCUACUUCCUGCACAUCCCCCAACCCGGACAGGGAGAACUCAAGCAAGAAGGUCCACUGGGCUUCUGGGAGGAGGAGGACAUCAUCCACAGACUCAGAGUCCAAGCCGUCCAGGUCCCGGAGACCCAGCCGGCUGACGGUGAAGUAUGACCGGGGACAACUGCAGCGCUGGCUGGAGAUGGAGCAGUGGGUGGAUGCUCAGGUUCAGGAGCUCUUCCAGGAUCAGCCAGUCCCUUCUGAGCCUGAGAUUGACCUGGAAGCUCUCAUGGAACUAUCCACAGAGGAGCAGAAGUCUCAGUUGGAGGCCAUUCUCCGAGACUGCUCUCGCCCCACAGAGCCUUUUAUCUCUGAACUUCUCAGCCAACUCAAGAAACUCCGGAGACUCAGCCGGCCUCAGAAAUAAACUCAGAGAGACUUACCUUUAGCAGCGUCAGCUCUGCUGGGCCUGCCCUGAACCUCUGGAUCCUGCCUGAGGGGGAAACGGCUUCUGGGGACACAGACGAGGAACGUGGAGGACAAGAGGGACUUCUGGACAGCCCCAGUAUAUGUGCAGUCACAGCUAGUUCCCACAGCUGGACUGCAGGAGCCGGUCAUGGCUGUGCUCAGUGCUUCCCUCGACAGCCAAGCGGAUAAAACCCAUAGAAGCUGCGGCUGAAUGAA